AUUUAUUCAUCAAAAUAUGAACCUAUACAUUUUAUAACUUUUUCCUAACGGUUUAAUAUUUUAUAAAUGCUGUUUUUAUAAAAAAAAUUUUGUUUUACUGCGGAAAUACUUAACAUUUCUUUCAGAUCACUUUCAUUGAACUAAUUGCCCCUCAUAUGUUUAUCUACUCAGAGAUAAGUAAAAAUCUGUUGGUAAGAGAUCUGACGAAUAUGGUGGAUGAGACAAUCUCCCAUUCAAAUUUCACUAUCUUGUUAUGAGUCAUCUGCUAUAUGAUAUCGGGUGUUACUUUGAAGAAAUUGUCUUCUUGUUUAUCAAUGUCGGCUAUUUUUUUCUGUAAAUUUUCUUGAACUUUUUCUAACUUAUAACAAUAGAUGCUAGCAGUAAUAGCUUUUCCACUUCUAAAAACUCAUUGUCAAUUAGAAAAAUCUAAAAUUGUAAUCGAGAAAAGUUGGCAAGAACUUCUGAGUAAUUAAUAUUAGAAAAAAUGUAAUUUUCAUUAUUUAUAAGCAGUUGGAUUAGAUUGAUAAGCAAGAAAUAAAUGUAAAAAGUGAAGCAUAGAUAAAAGUUAUUUGCAGAAUAAAUAAGCAUAGUAUGGUAAAAACUCACACAGAAAAAAUUAGUCUGUGUGGCUAAGAGGAGAGCCGCUAGAGCUGAGAUACAAGCAAAAGCACUAAUCCCAAUAAGUGGUCGCGUUGUCAUAUUGGUAGCAAGACUUAAAGCAGAUCGUGCACUACUACUGUCCAAUAUGCCUUCAUUGGUAAAUCCUGCAGUUCUGUUAUCUACAAAAGCAAAAUAAUUCAUAAAGUUUAAGAAUAAAUAGUAUGUCAUAAUUUAAUACUUAUGUUUUUUCCUAAGAAUUUUUAACUCCCUUAUCAUUCAAAUCUUGUCUUACAUUUUUUUCAUUUUAGCAAUAAAAUAUGCUCUCCCUUACCUGGAUUAGAUUCAGCUAUUUUCAUGUCUAUAUGCAGUUCAUCAAAAUUUUUGCCCUUUGAUGUUACUACAAUCAAAAAUCUAAUAAUUUUGGUAAGCAUCCGUAUUUUAUCUUUAUCAACAUUGAGUAAAUUUCCUACUAAUGCCAUAAUUGGACAUUCUAUUUGAUGAGCCAUUUCCCAAGCUAAUUUUCUACAGUUUUCUGAACAAUAUUGAGAAAUAGGGCAGUAUGGGCAAGGAAUUAAAUUAUAACUUCUUGAUAAACAGUGAUGACAGUGUGUAUAAUAUCUGUAAUUUAUGAUAUUUGUAAGUAACAAUAGAUAUGUUAAUAUAAAUAGAUUUACCUUUGCGUAUAAAUAACAUAAGCAUAUGGAUUUUCUAUAGUAACUACAUCCCCUGCUUUAAAUUCUUUUGUAGCUACUAAAUGACGUCCAUAUUUUUCAGAAAAGGAAAUCUUGAUACCAUUACUAACAACAGGUGUCUCUUUAUUUGGACCAUGAGCUAACUUUAAAGCACCUUCAUCAGCUAAGUAUCUUGGCAGUUUUUCUUUGUCAUUAACUUUCAACACUUCAUUGCAACCAUUGCUUGAAUCUUUCUUUUCAUUAAUGUUAAAAUUAUUACUUAUAUCUUCAGAAAGUUUCACCUUUCCAUGUCUAUAUCUUACAACUCUAGGUUCUUCAUUUUGUUUUUCUAAUAAACACAUAUUUGCAAGCGUUUCUGUAUCAAUGUGAUUAUCCUUUGCAAGUUGCAGCCUUUUCUUAAUUUCUUCAAUAGCCUUGGCUGCUCUCUCUUCCAAUUUUUUCCUUUUUUCCUCUGGAUAUCCAAGGCUUAAAGCAGCAUCAAUAUCUAUCAAACAUUCUUUGAACAUUUGUUUUCUAUAUAAAGCAGCAGACCGAUUAGCAUAAGCGUACGACAUAAGUUCAUUGUCAAUGGCAUAUGCCAAACUCAUUGUAUAAUAUUUUAUAGCUUCAUUAUCAUCACCCAUUACAAAAUGUUGAUUUCCUAUGGAUUUUUCAACUAUGAUAACUGAAAAAAUUAUUUAUAUUCAUUUAUAGUAUGUAAAAUAUAUUUACUACCUUCCUCUCUAUAGUGAAUAGACUCUUCUUCAUUUUUUACUUCAGGAAUUAAUUCUGGUAAUUGGGAUUUUACCAUGUUUUGUAAAAUAUGACCUAUAAGAGCUUCACAUUCUUUUUGUAAACCAUAUCCUGCAUGUGAUAUUUUAAUUUGUUUUAAAUUUAAUACUAAUUCCUUUGCUAUAUCCAUAUUGGAAAAAUAUUGGAAAGAUCUUGCUACAUAAAAAAUAUAUUUCAUAACAUUUAAAAGUUUUUAUAGUAAUUAAUAAAUAAAAAAGAUCAAUUUAUUACAAAAAUUUUUUUUUUAUAUGGAUAUAUAUUAUAUAUUAAAAAAAAAGAAUGAAGAUAAAAACCUGAUUAUUUGUAUAUUUUCUUUACACUAGAUAAGAAGGUACUGAAUAGACUGUAGUUAACUAUGUACUAGCUGAAGCAAAACUGAGAGGUGAAACUAAAAUUACCUCAAGUAAAUUGAUAGAGGGAAGCAGAAGCUGUAUAUGUAACUAAGGUUCUGAAUUAUUUAUUAAAUUAGAUAAAUUACUAUGUAAAAAUAAUGUAAGAAUUACUAUAUAAGAAUUAAGAAAAUUCAAUUUUUACAUUUCAUAUAUAUACUUAAAUCUUUUCAUUUAUGUAUGUAAAAAAAAAAGGAAAAAUUUGUAACAAUUGAAUUUUUUAAAUAAGCAAAUAUGUUAUACGUGCUGUAUAUAUUUCAAAUUUUUUAUUUCAAAAUCCUUUGUUGAUAUUUUUUUAUUUCACUAUUAUUAUAUUUUUUAAGCAUAACUUGUAAAAAUAAUUAUAAUAUAAUUAAAAUAUUACGUAUUAACAAGUAAAAUUGUAAAAAACUUAAAAUUUACAAUUACUUAAUUAAUAUAAACGUUCAAAAUCUUUUUUUCAGCCAUGUUGCAUGAGCACUUUAUAAUGAGAACAAUUUGGCACAAGUCCAGAUGUAAAAUUGCUAGAGUAAACAGUCUUUAAUUAGAUAUACAUAUGUGUUAUGUGAGUAGUAAUAAUUACAAAAAUAAUAAUUGGAAUUUAAUAUAAAAUAUAAAUUUUUCUAAAGAGAUAUAACAAAUGAUACUGUAAUAACUGUGUACUAUAACAAUGAUCAUCAAUAUAUUAUGAGAAAGAUAAAAACAAUAUUAAGAAACAAUUUGUGAAAAAAAUUGAUUAAUUUAUUAGAAGCUUGUUACACAACAAUUAAUUAACACAUGUGAUAUGCAAAAUGCAUAAAUUUGUAAUAUGACAUGAAUUAUAUUCGUUGAAAGACAUAAGAUUUUAAUAAUUUAAGAAUUUUAUUUCUCAUUAUAAAAGGAAGUAUAUGUAUGUUUCCGAUUAAAUUAAUCCUCUUCUGCUUCUAAAUUUAUACGACUGCCAAAUUUUGCAUAUAGUUGUACUUUUAAUUGACUUAUAAUAUUCUUCAAAUCAAUACAUUUGCUUUCCAAAUUUAAGAUUUCCUGUUUCUUUUUUUCUUUAAUCUCAUCUAAAUAAUUCUAAAACCAGGAAUGAAAAGAAGAAUAUUAAAUACUUCAUUAAAUAAUAACAAUUGUAGUUAAAAAAUAUAUAAAGUAUACUUUAAGAGUUAUAUACCUGUGUUUUUUCCAAGUUCUCAUGAAUAAAAACUUCACCAAUGUAGUAUGGAAUUUUUGCAUCUUGAUCUAAGAGGAUUAUUUCAUCACAUGCAUCUUCUAAGUUUUUUAAUUCGUUCUGCAAAAGAUAGUACAAUAUAUUCGUAUAAAAUCAUACAUUUCCAAAUAAGGUUGCAAGUGGUAGGAAUUAAGGAUUAGCAUUACAUUAAUUAUUACCUGUUUAAUUUUCAAUUCUUCCUUUAUGUCAUCCAUUUUAGCAUUUUGUCUUGCAAAUUUAUUAAUUUUUUGUUGAUCCUCGUACGUAAUAUAAACAUCGGAAUCCUAUAAUUCAAAAUAGGUUAGAUCUAUAUAUUUGAAACAUUUAUAUUAGAAUUUGUAUUAGAAUUUACCGGUUGAAAUCCAGUUUGAACAUUUUUUCGCGACAUAUUUUUUAAUUUUAAUUUUACACCGUUUAACUCUCGCUUAAAUAACAAUCUUGAACGUCAAACACAACUCAUGACUGACGAUUAUUUCGUAAAGCUAAAAUCUUUAAAAGCGAAAUAACAUUGGAGAUGCGUCAGUAACUAUUCUUUUUAAAGGCGCUCGAGAAAUUUUGUUUCAAUAAUAUGUAUAUAUAUUCAAGUCAAACUAUUUUUUUUUUAACUGUAUAUUAAUUAUUAAAAUUAUAAAAAUCAGUAAUAACAAAUACCAUAAAUUGAACUACAUAAUAUAUACAUUAUUCAAAUUUAAUUUUUCAUUUUUGUAUUUCACAUUAUUAAUUUCAUGCAAUAUAAAAUUUAUUAAUACAUAAGAAACAAAUAAGUGGAAAAAGUAUAUUAUCGUUCAACAUACAGAAAUAAAUAUAUAUGAAAAAAAAAUGUUAUGAAGGUCCCACCGAGAUUUGAACUCGGAUCGCUGGAUUCAGAGUCCAGAGUGCUAACCAUUACACCAUGGGACCUUAUAAAAUUAGAUUUAUUAUAA